AUCACGAGAAACAGGUCAUAAUGUUAUCGCGUCAGUGUGUAACAUGUGUAGUUGCUGAAGUUGUGUCUGUGCCCCGAGUGGCAUCAAAUGGGUCACGGCAUGUCCUCGUGGGGUAUUUUCAGGGUAGAACUUUAAAGUCCUUUCGUGGUGUAUAAGAAUUCCGUGUUCUAUGCUAGUCAUUCUUACUUCUCCUAUACUGGGUACACGAUGGUGUCCUCUCCUGAGUUCUCUCAACAGGAUUUUGAUUAUAUCGUCAUUGGCGGCGGAACAACUGGCCUUGCUUUGGCUUCGAUCCUCUCCACUAAUGCUAACGUUCGUGUGGGAGUUAUUGAAGCAGGCCUGAGGAAGGACGACGAGAUGAUUCUUGUCCCCGGUAAGGGCUCCAAUAGUAUAGACCCUGAAUAUGACUGGAAUUUCGUCACGAAACCUCAACCACUUGCUCAGAAUCGGGAGAUCCCAAUCAGUAGAGGCAAAGUUCUCGGUGGUACUUCAGCACUGAACUAUAUGGCUUUCUGUCGUGGUUCCGAGAUUGAGCAUAAUGACUGGGAGAAACUUGGCAUUAAAGGAUGGAAUUGGAAUACUAUCAGUCAUGCAAUCAAAUCUUCCGAGGCUUGGAGCCCUCCUACUCAUCACGCCAAGACGCACCACGCAGACAAUGUUACGAAUAAUCAUGGCAGGUACGGCUAUGUCAAGACAAGUGCCUACAGCUACUAUUAUGAUCUCGUUCUGCCAUUCUUCGAGACCAUGAAUAAUUUGGGCGUGGUCACGAACCAAUCCGAAGCCUCCGGAGACGUCAUAGGUAUUUGGACAUACACGGCGUCAGUUGAUCCUCAAACAAACACGCGCAGUUACAGUACAAAUGCGUAUUACGAUCGGGUUUCUAGCCGACCCAACAUCGUUGUACUUACUGGUGCACAAGCCUCUAAAGUGAUAUUCAGAGAGACUUCCAGUAGUGACCUACAAGCUAUAACAGUUGAAUAUCAUCAUGGGGGGCGGACAUACAAGGUCCCUGUGCGACGGGAAGUUAUCAUAUCGACCGGUGCUCUGCAAACGCCCCAACUUUUGGAACUUUCAGGGAUCGGAAAUCCUGACCUCUUACGUCGACUGAACAUCCCCGUGAAAAUUGACUUACCUGGCGUUGGUGAAAACUUUCAGGAUCAUUUUGCGGUAUCUAUGGGCGCCGAGCUGAAAGGCUCGCACGAAACCGUGGAUGACCUCAAUUUAGAGACCUUUUCUCAAAAAAGACUAGAACAAUAUCGUCUUUCCAGAACUGGGAUGCUCAGUAGCACACUGUCUACCCUCGUCUUCAUUCCAUCGACAUCUUUCAUCUCACCCGAUAGAAUGCAGAGUAUGCUGUCAACUCUGGAUGAGGCUCUGAAAUUACCGCAAGUUCAAAACUCGCCCUGGAAAAAAUGGUAUGACGUCCAACGCGCCUGGCUGGUGAACGAUGGUGUUGCUCAGUUAGAGAUUAUUCUCUUCCCUUCUUACACUCAUGCCGGAUGUACGAACGAAAAAGCUAAGCAUUACACGUUAUCGGUCUUCCUACAGCAUGCCUGGAGUCGAGGACAUGUGCAUGCGACUUCCUCAUCUGUGUUUGAUUCACCAGAGAUUGAUCCGGCGACGCUCGAUUCUUUGGGGAACAUUGAUAUGAUGAUGCUUUUGGAGGCUGUGAAAUAUGCUUUCAAGAUCAUGCAGACAGGGGCUCUGGGCGACUUGACUGCCGAAAUCAUCGAACCUCAACCUUCCUGGUCAGAUGAACGACUGAUGGAUUAUAUCCGUUCCAUGGUCAAGAGCGCAUUCCAUCCUAUAGGGACAGCCUCAAUGCUCCCUCGAUCGGCCAACGGCGUCGUUGACAACGAACUCAAGGUGUAUGGGACAACCAACCUCAGAGUGGCGGAUGCAAGCAUCUUCCCGAUCCACUUGGGAACUCAUCCCCAAGCCACGCUUUAUGGGCUGGCUCACAAAGCUGCGGAAAUCAUCCAAGCUAACAACAACGCCAGCAAAAAGGCUAAGCUUUGAUGUCGCUAGUAGAAAGCAUGGUCUGUAGACGGCUAUAUACACAAGUAUCAUUGUACCAGUACCGAGCAUUCCUCCACGGAGGCAACUCUAUGCAUGUCUCAUGCACCGAUAGUUCCUGUCCAUGUCUCAAUCAGGUCGAUCACACAGUAACCCCUCACAGGCACGUAUUGCUUCGUGAUCAUCUUGAUCACCUCUUGAGCAACCAUACCGCCAAGGAAAGCUGCAGUAUUGGGUAGCUCGGAAAAAGGCGCUCGAGCACUAUGGCAACGAAAUGAGCCGUAAUUAAA